AUGGCCCAACAAAAUGACUCCAAAGUCUCAGACCCAGACGCUCAAUCUGCUUCCGACCCAAUGACUACUCAAUCAGGUUUGGACAGCGCGGCCAAGGAUGCCAGCGCAGAUGCAGCUUCUGGGUACGGCACUCGUUCUCGUAACAGGAACAGCUCAUCGCGUAUCAACUACGCUGAGGAUAGGGACAUUGAUGCCGAUGUUUAUGAUUAUUAUCACGACAAAAAAGACGGUGACUCCAAAAAGACGUCUCGUCAGUCCAGUGCUGCUGUGAACAGCGAUGCGCCGCCCCGUGGCGGUGCCAGUUCGCGCAAGGCUGUCAUUGACGAGACGUCCAAGCCAGCGCAAUCAGCAAAUACCCCCAAAGAGCAACAAUCUGGCAGCUCAAACAGUUCUUCUACCACCACACAGCCGCCGGCUUCUUCUUCUCAGCCUACACGGAAACGCAAGGUUGCAAGCAGUUCAACAGGUUCCACUAACCAAGCUACGUCGACCACCAGCAACACGACAAAAAAAGCAACGACAUCCGGAACAGCUGCCGGCAUUUCAUGGCCGGAAACUAACAUGUUGACUUUUGAAAACUCCAAAGGACAGCCCGUUGAUGGUCAGAUGAUAGCCGACGAUGGCACGGUGCUAGAGCCAAAUGAUCAUGUGUACCUUGUCUGUGAACCGCCUGGAGAACCCUAUUAUUUGGGCCGCAUCAUGGAAUUUCUUCAUGUCCAGAAUGACAACAGCAGACCUGUGGAGGCAAUCCGCAUAAACUGGUACUACCGACCAAAGGAUAUUGGCCGAAAGUCCACAGACACACGUAUGGUCUUUGCGACCAUGCAUUCCGACAUCAGCCCGUUGACUGCGCUUCGCGGGAAAUGUCAGAUUCACCACAAAGCCGAGAUUUCCAAUAUGGACGCAUAUCGCAAGACGUCGGACAGCUUCUGGUACGACAAACUGUAUGAUCGGUAUAUCCAAAAGAAUUACGACCUGAUUCCGACGCGUUCCAUUGUCAACGUUCCAGCCAACGUGAAAAAGGUGCUUGACGAACGCUGGAAGUACGUGCUAGUCGAACAGGGGCGUGGCAAGGAGCUCACUAGCGCCGUUAAGCUCUGCAAGAGAUGCACAGGCUAUUGCGCAAGAGGUUUCGCAUGGUCAUGCGCUGCCUGCAGUCGUGCGCAAGAGCGAAAGCUGGAGGCUCGCAACACUCCUAAUGUGAAUGAUCCAACCCUGGAUGCCGACGAUGACGAGCCAAUGGAUGAAGAGGAUGAGGAGAUGCAGGGGGUCGACACCAGCCGCACGAGUCCGGAAGAAGGAGACCAUGCUCCUCACGAAGGCACCGCGGAACAAAUAUACCAGGCCUCGCUCUGGCCUUACCGGUACCUAGGAAUGCACUGCAAGCCUGAGGAUGCUCUCGACUAUGACGACAGAAUUCAUCCCCGCGCAGCUACGAGAAUUGGCCCAAGGAACCAAGCGACAGUUUUGCCAUGGCCAGGACAACCGGUAGAGUAUGUCAAGCCGCUCGAGUUCAAGAAGAAUGGCAAAAAGGACACCAAAUCAAAGGAAGCAUUGGCUGCGAUCGAGGCUGAAAAGAUCUCUCGCGGAAAUCGACCAAAAUGGGUACAGGACAUGCCUCCUGGCUACACUGUCCGAGGCGAGGAUUGUGAUGAAGACGACCCUAAUUGCACCGCAAAACCCAUGUGGAUACCCCCUUCAGAGGACGUCAUCAAAGAGAAGGACAUCAAUCAGUACAUGGAAAAGGCCAAGGCAAUGGCCAAAGAUCUUGGUUUGCCAGAACGCUCGACAAACCUGCAGGAUGUUGCUGCCGAUACAUUAUUCCACACUGGAUUUGACACGAAACGUGCCCUCAAGGCUCUUCCAGAAAAGGACAAGGCGGAAUUCAAAGAGCCAGAGUUGACACCGGCAGAACAAAAGAAAUUUGAAGAAGCUGUUAUCAAAUACGGCUCCGAGCUUUAUCUCGUGAGAAAGCAUGUUAAAUCCAUGUACUACGGCAUGGUGACCCGCUACUAUUAUGCUUGGAAGAAAUCAGAACGAGGGAUGCAAGUCCUGGAAAAUAUGGCUGGUCGAAAGGGGAAGAAAGAGGCGAAACGAGCGGAAGCUGCCGCCAACAAGAUGGCUGACGACGUUGCGGACAACGACGACGAUUCCGCCUUUGACGCCGAGAAGGCAAACCAGAAGAAGCGAGGAUUCGUGUGUCAAUUCUGCUCGACAACUUCAUCCAGGCAAUGGAGACGUGCCCCAAACCCUACAUCCGGCGUUGUCAACGAUGGUGGCUCUAAAAGUUCGAACAAGGACAAAGGUCAGGAGCGAGUGGUCGCACUGUGCCGCCGAUGCGCCGAACUCUGGCGACGGUAUGCCAUUCGAUGGGAGGACAUGGAAGAGGUGGCCAAGAAGGUGGCACAGUCAGGUGGCCGAGCUUGGAAGCGUAAGCAAGAUGAAGAACUUCUCAAGGAACUGCAAGCCGCAAAGGAGAUGGGUAUGAUGACGCCAGAACGUGCGCCAACCCCCUCAGCGGCGCCAGCAGCUGUUGCCAAUGUACAGGAACCGCCACGAAAGAAGCUCAAGAGUGUGCCUUUGGAUAAGGACGCAGACAACGGCCAUUCCGAUACGGCCAGCGCAGCUGGCUCUACUACGUCUAAAAAGAAGGACAAGGACAAGAGCGUGGAAAGUGUCACAGUCCCCGAGAUGCCAAAGCCUCGAGUUCUGCCAUGCGCAGUCUGUGGCGAAUUGGAACCUCAAGGAGAUCAGCACCUAUCAUGUCGAGAAUGUCGCUUGACAGUACACCGCAACUGCUACGGUAUUAUGGACAACCGGAAUCCUGGAAAAUGGACAUGCGACAUGUGUGUGAACGAUAAAAACCCGCAGGUUUCGAUUCAUUACAAGUGCAUUCUGUGUCCUCAUGAGUACACAGAACAUGAUUUUGUGGAACAGCCAAAACUGACGCACCAUAAAAAGAAAAUGUCAGAGAAAGAUCGAGAGAGGGAGCGUUUGGAAGUUCAGCAAGCUCGAAAGGCUGCAGACUUUUACCGCAAGAAGCAAGAGGACAUGAAUCGACCAGUCAACCCUCGGGAGCCACUCAAGAGAACCGCUGACAACAACUGGGUCCAUGUUACUUGCGCUGUUUGGACUCCAGAAGUCAAGUUUGGCAACGCCAAGGCAUUGGAACCCUCAGAGGGCAUCCCCUCAAUCCCUAGGGCUCGAUACAAUGAGACCUGUAAAAUCUGCGACAAGGUUGAAGGUGCCUGUGUCUCUUGUCAUCAGUGUCGCACCCCACUACACGUGGAAUGCGCACGACAACAGGGACAUAUUCUUGGGUUCGAAAUUUCACCUGUGAAAGGCUCUCGGAGAGACCAGGUCAACGUUGUAACCGUCAAUGGAGAAAGCGGCACCAUGUCAGCGACAGUGUGGUGCAAGGAACAUGCUCCUACCAAGACUACUGUUCAUCAUAUGCACGACAUUGUAGACGAUUCGGGUCUUAACGCCCUACAACUCUAUGUUCAGAAUUUCAAGCAAGCCGACCUCACUCUGACAGGCACCGCCCGCAAGGCCAAUCUCAUGACGAAUGCAGCCAAAUUGACCGGCACAGCGACGCAGCCUGGCCUACGCAGGUCUUCAACAACCACUCUGCCCACAAAUCAUCAGCACAACGGGCAUACAAGAGAGGCUGCCUUGGAUCCCAAACAGCCAGGAGGAAAGGUUUGCAUUACUUGUGGUAUCGACGUCAGUCCGAAAUGGUACCCGAUUGACAAUUCACAAGAACGCGAACUCACCAAUGGCCAUUACGGCACACUUGGAAGCGAGGCACAGAAAUUUGUGGAACAAAGGCGUUUUCAGUGUCACCAGUGUCGCAAAGCUCAGCUCGCAGCGAAGGCGCACCCACCGCCACGACAAUCACCCUCCAUGCCAGACGCUCCGCCACCCCUUGCUCAAGAGGCAGCUAUAUCAGCUACUGCAGCACCACCUCUGCGUAGUCCGCCUCAGAUGACCGCCCAACGUGAAGCACAUGCUGCUGCUUAUGCCUGGCCGCCUCAUGGCCAUACUCAGACAGGACCCCCAGCGAUGCAAGCGCCUUCACUUGUCGCCGAUCAUGCCCUUGGAGCUCGGCCACCAGCUCCUCACGCCUAUGCAGCUCCACCACCUCAUCGGCCGGCAUAUAGCGAUUGGGGCCGACCCGCAAGUCAGCAAAGCUCUCCUUCUCGACAUAUAAACGGAGGGCCUCCUCCUCCUCCCCCUAUUCAUAAUGCACCACCGCCAAUGACGAACUUGUCUUCCUUGCGACCACCGCCCGUAGUCGGGCCUGUGCCGACUGCACCACCACCUGCGAACCAUCACGGCGGUCACCCUUCGUCGCCAUACACCAAUGGAUUGCCUCUAUCUCCUCGGCAACUCAAUGGACCAGCACCUCCAUCUCGAUACGCUCACCCAUACCAACACCAUGGGCGACCUGUCCCUCCAGCACACCUUCCACCACCGAAUAUGGCAAAUGGGGCGCCGCCGCCGCCUCCCCCGCCACCCAGGGGAGAGGGAUACCCUCAUGAGAUUAAUCCGCAAAGACCACCAUACACUCCUCAGACGAGUCCGCCUGGCUCUCGAAACGGACACCCACCUCCACAAAAUCGUCCAGCAAGCGGAGCAAGCGCCAGCCCUUCGCUACGAAACCUCCUAUCGUAG